CCUUAGCUUGGGAUCAAGAUCCUCCCUACCCAGGGAAGGGCUGGGCUGGCCAGGACAACUGUGUUUGGGCCAGAGCAGCAGGGUCCUGCACUCUGCAGGGGGCAAUCACAGGUGGGAGAGGCCCACAGCCUGGGAUUAGAAGUGCCAGGAGCUUUGGAACAGGAGUCCUGGAGUCCCAGCUUUCUUGCUGUCUCUCUAAGCCUUGAGUCUUUCACCUGAAAAAUUGACAUCAUCAUGCCCACCUCAGGGCCCAUUGAGUUAAGUUAUCCAGUGGACUCGAAGCACCUAGCACUUGUGAUCAUUGAAGUCAGCAAAUAUGAGUUCCCUUCCUUUCUGGCACUCUGUUGGCAAGGGAGCUCACCAUCCAUCAGCCAGCAGUGGAAAAAGUACAGUCGCACUUGUAGCGGAGGUGGGGGGCUACUCUCCUCAUCUUCCAGGUUUUCCAGGAGUGGGUGUGGGGAUCCAGAAGGCAGCUCAGGAGUCAGCAGGCGACAGAGGUGUUGGGCAUCCUGCGCUCACUCCUGUCCCCGCAUUGAGGGGAAGGAGCAGAGAUGAGAUCUGCUCACGAGUUAGACCCUGGCUUCUCUCAGUGGGCAGUGUGGACAGGGGAAGGGGGCAGGCAAGGAGCAAAGGAGGCAGGAGCAAGGAGAAAACUUCCAGGCUCCUCCCUUCCAAAGUCACCCAGCCUUGAGAUCAUUGCAGAUGCAACAGGUGCAAACAGAAGAACACUUUAGGACCUUGGAAUGCGGGAGGCUGGCUCAGUGUUCCUUCCACCCUGUGAGAAAUGCAUGACAUUCUUAAGGUCCACUAAAGGCUCAGGGUGGUUGGACGCCAGAGGAUGGCCUGGGAGAUACAGGGAUUGGAAGGGUAGGUGGCCUGUGGGUGUCUCCUCUGUGGGGAGACUCACCAGGUGGAGGGGGUUCUUCCUCUCCAGAUGUAGCUCAGCACAGGGACAGUAACAGUAACGGGCAUGUGUGUAAGGAAUGCUUCCCCAGGCCCUCCCCUCAUAGGUGUUUGCAGCAGCAUCCAUCACAACAGCUCUAAGAGGUUAAAUGUUGCAAAUCCCAUUCUACAGAGGUGGAAAUUGAGCCUCAGAGAAGUUAAGUCACUUGCCCCAGGUCUCAUAGCUCCCCAUUGGCAGUGCUGGGAUUUGGAGCCAGCUCUCUCGCCUCCAUCCAUCAGGAGACCCCGCCAGUUCCUAGCCAUUUGGAGAAAUGCCCUACUCAGACUUAUUCAACCUCAGCAAGCCUGGUGGUGCUGUGACAUCCGCCUAAGCCCUCAUCAAGCCCUUUAGCUCCACAACCCAAAAGGGUCUCUCUACGAGUUAUCCUGAAGCAAAAGGCAGGCAGGACAGCUCUGCUCCCACCCUGGGGAGCUUUCUAUGUAUGGGGCUGUCUCUCUCUGUAGGGCUCUGAUCUCCUCUCCUUCCUGCUUUGCCAGAUGUCGAGAUAUCUCCCAUGGAUUUGUGAUCAGCGUUGCAGCUCUCCCAGCAGCCCUGGACGGUGGCCCCCAGCCGCCCGCAUGUGGCUGCCACGGUUCUCCAGCAAGACAGUGACAGUGCUCCUCCUGGCACAGACCACCUGCCUCCUGCUCUUCAUCGUCUCCCAGCCAGGGCCCUCAUCCCCAGCCGGCGGGGAGGAUCGUGUGCACGUGCUGGUGCUGUCCUCGUGGCGCUCGGGCUCAUCCUUCUUGGGCCAGCUCUUCAGCCAGCACCCCGACGUCUUCUACCUGAUGGAGCCCGCGUGGCAUGUGUGGACCACCCUGUCGCAGGGCAGCGCCGCAACGCUGCACAUGGCUGUGCGCGACCUGAUGCGUUCCAUCUUUUUGUGCGACAUGGACGUGUUUGAUGCCUACAUGCCACAGAGCCGAAACCUGUCCGCCUUUUUCAACUGGGCAACGAGCCGCGCGCUGUGCUCGCCGCCCGCCUGCAGCGCCUUUCCCCGAGGCACCAUCAGCAAGGAGGACGUAUGCAAGACACUGUGCACGCGGCAGCCCUUCAGCCUGGCCCGGGAGGCCUGCCGCUCCUACAGCCAUGUGGUGCUCAAGGAGGUGCGCUUCUUCAACCUGCAGGUGCUCUACCCGCUGCUCAGCGACCCCGCGCUCAACCUGCGCAUCGUGCACCUGGUGCGCGACCCGCGGGCGGUGCUGCGCUCCCGGGAAGCGGCGGGCCCGAUACUGGCACGCGACAACGGCAUCGUGCUGGGCACCAACGGCAAGUGGGUGGAGGCCGACCCUCACCUGCGCCUGAUUCGCGAGGUGUGCCGCAGCCACGUGCGCAUCGCUGAGGCCGCCACACUCAAGCCGCCACCCUUCCUGCGCGGCCGCUACCGCCUGGUGCGCUUCGAGGACCUGGCGCGGGAGCCGCUGGCAGAGAUCCGCGCACUCUACGCCUUCACCGGCCUGACCCUCACGCCACAGCUCGAGGCCUGGAUCCACAACAUCACCCACGGGUCGGGGAUCGGCAAGCCAAUCGAGGCCUUCCAUACUUCGUCUAGGAAUGCGCGCAACGUCUCCCAGGCCUGGCGCCACGCGUUGCCCUUCACUAAGAUCCUGCGCGUGCAGGAGGUGUGCGCCGGCGCGCUGCAGCUGCUGGGCUACCGGCCUGUGUACUCUGCGGACCAGCAGCGUGACCUCACCCUGGAUCUGGUGCUGCCACGAGGCCCAGACCACUUCAGCUGGGCAUCGCCUGACUGAGAACUCUGGGCCUUAGAGCAGGCCCCGAACUGUGGUCGCCAGGCCCAGGAGGCGACUGCAUGGUGGAGAGGGAGCUGGGGCGCAUGGGGAAGCAGGUCCCUACUAUCCACCGGGAGUUUGGGGUCCUCCCCUGAAGUAGGCAAGGACUGCACGUUUCUUUCUCUCCUGAUUCUCGGUUUUCCUUUGAGUCUUCUGGAGCUGCCUUCUCAUCAGGUGCACUCUUCAUGGAAAGCAACUCUUGCCCCUACCUCUUCUGGGCCCAGGGAGUAAGUUACUGCUAAAUUAAAUUAAAUGUGUGCCAGGCCGGGUGCGGUGGCUCAUGCCUGUAAUCCCAGCAUUUUGAGAGGCUGAGGCGGGUGGAUCACCUGAGGUCCGGAGUUCGAAACCAGCCUGGCCAACAUAGUGAAACCCCCUCUCUACUAAAAAUGCAAAAAUUAGUUCGGCGUGGUGGCACACUCCUGUAAUCCCAGCUACUUAGGAGGCUGAGGUGGGAGAAUCACUUGGACUCCAGAGGUGGAGGUUGCAGUAAGCUGACAUCAUGCCACUGCACCCCAGCUUGGGUGGCAGAGCAAGACUCCAUCAAAAAAAUAAGUAAUAAAUUUGUUCAAAAGUCCUGCAAUCUAGUGAACUGUAACCUCAUUUUUUCUCUUUUUUCUUUAAUUGCAUGAUUCCAUGUAUUUAAAGCAGAAAAACUAGUCUAUGGUGAUAGAGGUCAGAAUAGGGGAUACUUUGUAGGGAGGAUUUGACUGGGAUGUAACCUUAUUUAUUAUGUAAACAAACUACAACUUGACCAGGCAGUAUAUUCUUGUAAGAAGAAAGGAGUCUUCUCCAAUCAUAGCAGCCAGCCUUCAGCCAGGGGCAGACUGCAGACUGACCAGAUGUGUCCAAAUUAGACAAAGGUUGAGCUGUAACCAAUCAGCCUAUAUCCAAUGCCACUUCCUUUUUCUGUUUAUAAAUGCUGCUUGCCCACUGUUGCUGGGUGGAGGUCUCUGAAACCUCUCUAAUAUAGAUCUCUCAUUUAAUGGGGAGGGUUUGGCCUUUAAUCACCAUCAUCCCUGGAACAAAGACUGACCAAUUGGACUCAAAUGCUAUUGAACUAUCUUUAUUGCAUGGACUUUGAGUUAUUUGAUUUUGACUAGUUGUUUGUUGAAACUCCUGAUAAGGAGUGUACUUCAGUUUCUUGGCAUUGUCCACUCAUAGCCAUCAUAAUAGUCUCCCUGGUCGGGCACAGUGACUCACGCCUGUAAUCCCAGCACUUUAGGAGGCCAAGGCAGGCAGAUCGCUUGAGCUCAGAAGUUCGAGACCAGCCUGGCCAACAUAGUGAAACCCUGUCUCUAUUAAAAAUACAAAGAAUAGCCGGUGUGGUUGUGCAUGCCUGUAAUCCCAGCUACUCAGGAGGUUGAGGCAGGAGAAUCUCUUGAAUCCAGGAGGUGGAGGUUGCAGUGAGCCAAGAUUGCACCACUGCACUCCAGCCAGGGUGACAGAGCAAGACUCCAUCUUAAAUAACAAUAAUAGGCCAGGCACAGUGGCUCAAGCCUGUAAUCCCGGCACUUUGGAAGGCCAAGGUGGGUGGAUCACUUGAGGUCAGGAGUUCAAGACCAGUCUAGCCAACAUGGUGAAACCCUGUCUCUACUAAAAAACAAAAAUUAGCCAGUGUGGUUGUGCAUGCCUGUAAUCCCAGCUACUCAAGAGGUUGAGGCAGGAGAAUCGCUUGAACCUGGGAGGUGGAGGUUGCAGUGAGCCAAGAUUGCGCCACUGUACUCCAGCCUGGGUAACAGAGCGAGACUCCCUCUCAAAAAUAAUAAUAAUAAUAAAAUAAUAAUAAUAAUAGUCUCUCUGAUGUGUUGCCUCCCCUGGGAAGUCUUACAUACUCCUAUGUAGCCAUUCUGUAUAAAUCAACUGGUCUGUUAGGGUUAGAAUAACAAAAACAUGAAGAAAGCAUAAAGAAUCAUCCAACUAAGGUGAAAUUGUGAAGUCAAUACUGAAACAAAACAAGUCCAUUAUGAUGGUGACAGAAAAUGGAGUCAGGGCCCAAGGUUUUGGUCAGCCUCUCAAAAUUGAGAGGCUGACCAAAAGGCAGAAAUGUUUAAAUUCAAUUAAAUUUGGCCCAAAGUUCCCAGCACUUUGGGAGGCCGAGGUGGGCGGAUCAUGAGGUCAGGAGAUCGAGACCAUCUUGGCCAACAUGGUGGAACCCCAUCUCUACUAAAAUACAAAAAAUUAGCCGGGCAUGGUGGCACAUGCCUAUAAUCCCAGCUACUCGGGAGGCUGAGGCAGAGGAAUCACUAGAACCCAGGAGGCAGAGGUUGCAGUGAGCUGAGAUCGUGCACUGCACUCCAGCCUGGUGACAGAGCAAGACUCCGUCUCCAAAAAAAAAAAAAGAGAAUUUGGCCCAAAGCUGCUGCCAUACCUGUUGAACUGCAACCUAACUUAAUAUUUAAGUAAACUGCCUCCCAACUGAGACUAUAUUCUUGUAACAAAUAGUUGAAUCUCAGCAAGUCACAGCAGCUGUGCUUUAACCAGUCACAGGCUGCCAACUGAUCAGACCAAGUCCAUAUAAGGCAAAUGCUGAGCUGUACCCCAUCAGACUGUUUCUCUGUGUUACUUCCAAAAAAUUCGGCCUGCCAGUGUUGCUGGGUGGAGCACUUUGAACCUUUACUGGUUCAGGGUGCUGCCCGAUUCAUAAAUUUUCUUUGCUCAAAUAAAGUCUGCUUAAUUUGUCUAAUGUUUUUCUAUUAACAGUUCAGAUGACUUGGCCUCUACCCAAACUCUUUCUUUCCCCUAGACUCUCCUCUCUUGGAAUGCAUCCUGAAGCAGCUGAAAAGGGGUGCCCCAGGCCCAGCUGGGAGCAAAAUCUGGUGAUAUUGCUUCUGAACAUCCCACAUGUGCCACACACAUGCACCCCCCCCACACACACACAUGCACACUCACAUGCACACACAGCCUGGACUCUGUUCCCCUUAUGCCCCUGGCACCACACUCCAUCAAAGCCAUUGAACUUUAUAUCCCCCUGUGUCUUCAGUAAGAGGUAUAUCAGGCCAGACAUGGUGGCUCAUGCCUGUAAUUAUCAAUUACCCGGUCUCUGGUAUUCUGUUACAGCAGCACAAAAGGGACUAAAAUAGGCUCCUUAACAAAAAGAUUCACAGACAAGAAGUUUGUUUGUUUGUUUGUUUUGAAAUAGUGUCUUGCUUUGUGGCCCAGGCUGGAAUGCAGUGGUUCCAUCUCGGCUCACUGCAACCCCCACAUCACUGACUCAAGAGAUUGGCCCAUCUUAACCUCCCAAGUAGCUGGGACUAUAGGCACAUCACUAUGCCAGGCUAAUUUUUGUAUUUUGGGGGGCUACAUGUGUUUCAGUAUGUAGCCCGCGCUGAUCUGUAACUCCUGUGCUCAGCCUUCCAAAGUGCUGGGAUUACAGGUGUGAGCCACUGUGCCUGCCCAAGAACAGUUCACUAAUACAUGCAGCAUAUAUCACACAGGACAAACCUAAAUGAAAAGUAACAACACAGUGGCUCGGAACACUGCCUUACACAGCAGAUUCCAAAAGACACAAUAAAUUUGUAGAGAAAUAACAGGAAAAAGAAAGUUUUAGGCCUCCAAAGAUGAGAAACUGUGCAUAGGUAAAUAUCUGAGAGGAAGCCGAUGCAGCAGGAUUUCUCUGCGGUGCCUCUGGUACCGCCGCUGGCUGGGCAAAGUUAAGGGUUGUCUCCAGUGAAGGAGAGUUUAUAUCGUGCCUCUAGGCAGAAAGGGGAGGGAAACCUGAACUUUUCCUGUAUUUUCUGCUUCUUAAUUGCCUUCAGCUGAAAAUCAUUUUUAUGUGAAAGAGGCAUAAUCUGGGAUGACGCCUCUGCUUUCCUCCACCUGCAGAGAACCUGUGUGCUGCUCCUUUGCUUUGGACCUCUGCCUCUGCCACGGAGAAAGCCCAGGCCAGCCUGCUGGACAAGCAGGGACCGUGAGAAGGAGAGUUCAGGUGUCCCAAUCCAGGCCAUCCUAGACCAGCCAGCCCCUCACGAGCCCCAGCUGAUCAGCACGCAGCCACUUCUGCUAUCUUCUACUGGCCAAAGCGAGUCCAGGGUUCACCCAGAUUCAGAGGUGGGGAAACUGAGUCCACCACUUGAGAGGAGUAGCUAUAAAGACAUACGAGCGAGACCAGCUGAGCCCAGCACUGCUGGCUAAGUCGAAGACUUUAGGACCAGCCACACAUGUUCCGUGGCCACACGUGGCCAGUGGCUCCGUAUUGGACAAUGCCAAUCCGACUCCUCAUUCUCAUUACAUUUGUAUACCCUUCUGGCCCUGAGAUCUUUCUAUAUCCGCAUCUGACUAAGAUGCUCUACUAGAGAACAGCAUCUACUUCAUAUUUCCAUCCUUUGGAAACCCAAAGAGCCAGCAGAAGUUUUGACUUUGCAGUUGAUCCUACAUGUUCAAAUUUCUAGCGUCUUAUCAGACUGUGUAAGAUGGAAGAGAGACUUACAAGGGCUCCCAUUACCUAGCCCAGGGUAUGUGCUCAGGGCUCUUAGCACUUCUCCUCUUGGUUACACAUGGUUUAGAUAAUGUUGGCCACUUCUUAACAUUAGUUUCUCAUGGCUUGAUUCCUAGGAAGCAUUAUUCCUCCCAUUUUAAGAGGGCAGCCAGUUGAGUGAUUCAAUGAGUCAGGCCCAGUACCAGGCCCCAGGGACACAGUAAGGGACAGAGUACACAUAGCCCUUGCUCUUGUCCGGGGUGCAGACACUAAACAAAUAAUCAAACAGAUUAAACAUGCAAUUACAGGUUUUAAUUAUGCCCUAAGAAAAAACAAAGCCGGGGGCAGUGACACAACUGUAAUCCCAGCACUUCGGGAGGCUGGGACAGGAGGAUUGCUUGAGGACAUGAGUUCAAGACCAGCCAGGCAAAUGAAUCUUGUGGGAUACCACUGUCAGGCUGGGCUCUGAGCCUGCAUCAAAGCAGGCCCCAUGUCUACAAAACAUUUUUAAAAAUUGGCCAAGCAUGGUGGUACACGGCUGUAGUCCUAGCUACUUGGGAGGCUGAGGCGGGGGUGUUGCUUGAGCCUAGAAGUUCGAGGCUGCAGUGAGCUACAGUGAGCUGUGAUUCAUCCCACUACACUCCAACCUGUGCAACACAGCAAGACAUCAUCUCUAAUUAAAAAAAAAAAAAAAAAAAAAGAAGGAAAGAAAGAAAAAAGGAUGAUACAAAAUAAGCCGAGUGUGGUGGCACAUGCCUGUAAUCCCAGCUACUCGGGAGGCUGAGGCAGGAGAAUCGCUUGAACCUGGGAGGUGGAGGUUGCCAUGAGCUGAGAUCGCGCCACUGCACUCUAGCCUGGGCAACAAGAGCGAAACUCCAUCUCAAAAAAAAAAAAAGAGGCGGGUGCAGUGGCUCACGCCUGUAAUCCCAGGACUUUUGUAGGCCAUGGCAGGUGGAUCACUUGAGGCCAGGAGUUUGAGACCAACCUGGCUAACAUGGCAAAACCUCAGCUCUACUAAAAAUAAAAAAAAUUAACCAGUCGUGGUGGUGCGCACCUGUAAUCCCAGCUACUUGGGAGACUGAGGCAGGAGAAUCACAUGAACCUGGGAGGUGGAGGUUGCAGUGAGCCGAGAUCAUGACAUUGCACUCCAGCAUGGGUGACAGAGGGAGACUGCAUCUCAAAAAAAAAAAAAAGAAGAAGAAGAAGAAGCAGCUGGGCACGGUGGCUCACACCUGUAAUCCCAGCACUUUGGGAAGCCGAGGCGGGUGGAUCACGAGGUCAGGAGUUCCAGACCAGCCUGGCCAACAUGGUGAAACCCCAUCUCUACUAAAAAUACAAAAAUUAGCUGGGCGUGGUGGCAGACGCCUGUAAUCCCAGCUACUUGGGAGGCUGAGGCAGGAGAAUCACAUGAACCUGGGAGGCAGAGGUUGCAAUGAGUCUAGAUGGUGUCAUUGCACUCCAGCCUGGGCAAUAGAGUGAGACUCUGUCUCAAAAAAAAAAAAAAAGAAGCAAA